UUGAAAAUGGCCGCAGGAACACUUCCUGCCCCUGCGCUUACAGCCCCGUCGAUAUGAGCGCCGUGUUUCCGCCUGACCCCCCCUUUUUCAACGCGGCCUCACACGCCAACAACAUGCCUUUGGCGAAAGACUUGCUGCAUCCGACUGCGGAGGAGGAGAGGAGGCGGCAUAAGAAGAAGCGGCUGGUCCAGAGCCCGAACUCUUACUUCAUGGACGUCAAAUGUCCAGGUUGCUAUAAGAUCACCACAGUGUUCAGCCAUGCUCAGACCGUGGUGUUGUGUGUAGGAUGCUCCACAGUGCUGUGCCAACCCACCGGAGGAAAAGCACGCCUCACAGAAGGAUGCUCUUUCAGGAGAAAGCAGCAUUAAUCUCUCAAUGACCUGCUUGCAAAGGAAACGGGAGACCAAAGGAAAGAAGUGAAAUGGGAUUGGUCAAAGGCUUUACAGUACCCAGGAUGAGCCCACACCUCAAGUCAAGUUAAUGGUCAUGUAGAUGUGGGGGGAAAAGGCCUCAGCAUGGAGCUGAAAACUGUCUGUUGUGUUGGAUUAAGGCCUGAUUUUAACUCAUGACUGCCAUACCUGUUUCUCACUUUAAAUCCUUUAAAUAAAGUUUUUUUCAUUAUA